CCCCCAAACAAAUCACUUCCCACAAUCAGGCCACUCAAAAUCCUCACACGUCACUCAGUCUUUUGCACUUUCUACACACUAAUUUGGAAUUCAAAUCCCCCACACGGUCCAACUUUGCAGUGUACCAUAAGAAAAAGUCUCCUCACAGGUUGAGAAAAAAGAAGAAAAAAAAAACACCAUCCCCUUCUCCCUUACACCAACGAGUUUGCUGAACUACCGCAUGCCCAUAUUACACAAAAUCCAACUCCAAACCCUCAACUCUUUCAUUUCCCACCAUCGGAAGGAAGAAAAACCAAAACCCACCACCUUACAAAAAAAUUCCUCUGGUCACGCCAACUCGCAACUUCACCAGCAGCUUUCACAAGUUAACUCGCGCGGCAAAACCCAUUUUUGACUCUGUAUUUCUCUGCUGCAUUAAAUACUCUGCCCCUAUCUCUGUUAGCUGCUGCAGCUGAGAAACAGAGGAAAAAGGAAAGAAACCCCAAAAUUAAAUCAUGGGUUUGGCUUUACUUGUUGCGGUGCUCAUCAUCAUCAAUUUGAGCGGAUCAGCUUUUGCCGACGAUGCUGCAAAUGGCGCUUCGUUCAUCUUUGGGGAUUCUCUGGUUGAUGCUGGCAACAACAAUUUCAUCUCCACUCUGUCCAAGGCCAACAUUCGGCCUAAUGGGAUCGAUUUCGCGGCAUCCGGUGGGAGUCCCACCGGCAGAUACACCAACGGGAAGACCAUCAGUGACAUCGUCGGGGAAGAACUUGGGCAGACGAACUACGCACAGCCGUUUCUAGCACCCAACACCACCGGAAAAGCUCUCCUGUCAGGGGUCAACUACGCUUCCGGCGGCGGAGGGAUCAUGAACGCCACCGGAAGAAUAUUCGUCAACAGGCUGGGAAUGGACGUGCAAAUCGACUACUUCAACAUCACGAGGAAGCAGCUCGAUCAGCUUUUGGGAGCAUCGAAAGCCAGAGAAUUCAUCACCAAGAACUCCAUCUUCUCCAUCACCGUUGGAGCCAACGAUUUCCUCAACAACUACCUCCUCCCUGUCCUCUCCGUCGGCGCCAGGAUUUCGCAGAGCCCGGAUGCGUUCAUCGACGACAUGAUCUCCCAUUUGAGAGGUCAACUCACUAGGCUUUACCAAUUGGACGCUCGGAAGUUUGUGAUUGGCAACGUUGGGCCGAUUGGAUGCAUUCCGUACCAGAAGACGAUAAACCAGUUGAAGGAGAAUGAGUGUGUGGAUUUGCCGAACAAGCUUGCCCUUCAGUACAAUGGCAGGUUGAAGGAUUUGCUUGCAGAGAUGAAUGACAAUAUGCCUGAUGCAGUGUUCGUUCACGCCAACGUCUAUGAUUUGGUCAUGGAGCUCAUCAGCAAUUAUGGCAAAUACGGAUUUACGACGUCAAGUAGGGCAUGUUGUGGAAAUGGGGGGCAAUUCGCUGGGAUAGUUCCAUGUGGACCAACAUCAAGUAUGUGCGCAGAUCGUUCGAAGCAUGUGUUUUGGGAUCCAUACCAUCCGAGUGAGGCUGCCAAUGUGAUCAUCGCUAAACAACUUUUGGAUGGAGACACUAAAUACAUCUCUCCCAUGAACCUUAGGCAGCUAAGAAACCAUUGACCAAUUGCAUGAAAGAAGAAGAAGAAUAAGAAGAAAAAAACUACUUUGGCAUUGGAGUAAGAAAUUGUUUUUGGGUCUUAAUUUGCGUGUGUGUGAAAUUGGAACUGAUGGUGCAUGCAUGAGUGUUUUAGUUUCACAAGUGGGAUUUGUAUGUUUUUAUAGGUUAUUUCGUUUCUUAUUUUCCUCUUUUGAACAACAGCCGAAUUACUUUUAUCUCUAACAAUUUAUUUCCAAAUCUUUUGUGAGUAUCCAAAAUACCCAUUUAAAGAGAGAGAAAAAAAAAAGACGAGUGCCCUCUCCUCUCUCCUAAGCUUCUGCCAGUUUCUCGGUCGACAUCUUGUCUCGGCGAUCCUCGUCUUGCUAGAGGUAAGUUUACAGAACGCUGGAUUAGAAUGGGAAAGGAGCGGCAGACCGGCCUUGGAUUACCAGCUGGGAAAGAUCUGCGUGCGUCGCCGACACGGGGAAUAGAACAAUCACUCGGGG